AGCCAAACAUAUGUUAUACUUUAUUUUUUGCACUAUAUAAUCUGCAUACAUGAUCGCCUAGUAUAAUUGUGAAAUGCUUCAUAUAUAUGAAGAGAAUCACUAUGCAUGAUCCGUCUAUUCUGGGUUAGAUCCUCCAAUAUUGUAUAACUAUUUUAAUAAAGUAUUUCAGGAAGAUCAAUGAAGCGAUCUUGGGGAUUCUUGAUUCCUAAAUACUAUAAUUACGGCUUUGAAAAUUUCUAUGCAACAGUUAUCCAGCGAGCUUACAGGAAUUACAAGAAGAGACUCGAAUCUUUGGCAAAACGAAUUUGGGAGGCGGUGAGGAAUGAUGGUACUCCUGAUAGAAAGAAACUCUUAGGUAUAACUCCUCGUGAUACUUAUCCCGCCCCUUCAUGGCCUACAAGAGAUGAUGAGUGGAUAAUUGAGAAGAAAUGGCAAUUAUCUGUGAGAUUAGCUAAUGUAACAUAUGGUAUUGUUUUUAAAAAAUUAUACCAGCGAGGCUAUAUAAUCAUUAGAGGUUCGGAUUGGUCUAACCAACUAAAGUGGCUACAGAAUCCUGAUUAUUAUCGUAUUGAUAAAGAUAACAUUGAAUAUAUCAUUAGAGUUACAGAAUGCGAGAAAUAUAAGGCUAAUUCAUGGAGUAUAAAAUCAAUCUGUGAGCGUGUUGGAUUAUAAUUCUCGCGGUGUCAGAUCAUCAGAUC